UGAUAUUGGUAUAUUUGUUCAGCCUAGUAACUGCACAGGGAGUGGUGUUAUGUGAAUGACACCUGUUCAGGCUACAAAGUGCACAGAGGCUUGUGUUAUCUGUGUGAUAUCUGUUCAGCCACUGCCUGGAGUCAUCAUUUUGAAGCAAUAAGUACAAAUAAAACUUUUCAUGGAACAAACAUCAGAAAUCCUUUUGCAUCUCACUGCUCUGGAAGUAGCACAUUUGAAAGAAGGAGUUAACUUCCUGAGGAAUAAGGAAAAUGGAAAAAAGGUUAUCAUAUUUAAGGAAGGAGAAAACAUACAGGCAUGCAAGAAUUUGUGCAAACACCAAGGAGGGACGUUCAUCAAAGACAUCGAGGAUCUAGACGGCAGGACUGUUCGUUGUACAAAGCAUAAUUGGAAGCUGGAUGUAAGCACAAUGAAAUACAUCAACCCACCAGACAGUUUCUGUCAAGAUGAGCUUGUCAUUGAAAUGGAUGAAGAUGGAGGUCUUUUACUUGCUGAAUUAACCCCCCCAAAUCCUUGGGAUACUGAGCCACAAACUCCAAUAGAAUUAGAAAUUGGAGAGGUUCAGGUUACGUAUCUGACACAUGCAAGUAUGGAUGUAAAGUUUGGCAACAAGCACAUGAUUUUUGACCCCUGGUUGACAGGACCUGCAUUUGCUCGGGGAUGGUGGUUACUUCAUGAACCUCCCACCGAUUGGUUAGAAAGACUAUGUCGUGCUGACUUGAUCUACAUAAGCCACAUGCACUCUGAUCAUCUAAGUUAUCCUACGCUACAGAAGCUUUCAGAAAAAAGACCGGACGUACCAAUAUAUGUUGGGAAUACGGAGCGCCCUGUUUUUUGGUACCUGAACAACAGUGGAGUGAAACUAACAAAUAUCCACAUUGUUCCUUUUGGAGUAUGGCAAAAGGUAGAUGAGCAUCUAAGAUUUAUGAUACUGAUGGAUGGGGUUCAUCCUGAAAUGGACACCUGUAUCAUUGUCGAGUAUAAAGGCCAUAAAAUACUCAAUACAGUGGACUGCACACGCCCAAACGGUGGAAGGUUACCUACAAAUGUUGACUUAAUGCUGAGUGACUUUGCUGGUGGGGCAUCUGGGUUUCCAAUGACCUUCAGCGGUGGAAAAUUUACAGAGGAAUGGAAAGCCCAGUUUAUCAAAACUGAACGAAAAAAGCUAAUUCAUUAUAAAGCACAACUCGUGAAAGACCUAAAACCUCGUAUCUUCUGUCCUUUUGCUGGAUACUUUAUUGAGGCUCACCCAUCAGAUAAGUAUAUAAAGGAAACUAAUAUAAAGAAUGAUCCUGUGGAACUUAAUAAGCUUAUCAGUGAAGGCAAUAUCAUUACAUGGACACCGAAGCCUGGAGCAACACUAGACUUGGGAAGAUUACUAAAAGAUCAGUCUGAUAGAGAUGGAAUAGUAGAUCCACCGUCUGGUACAAAGAUCUUUAAAGAUUCAUGGGACUUUGAAAGGUACCUGGACAAAAUUUCAUCUUCGUUUGAUGAUGAGAUUUUUCACAGUCCUUCGUGGAUUAAAGAAUACUUCACCUGGGCUGGAUUUAAGGGGUACAAUCUUGUAAUCAGGGUGAUUGAAACUGAUGAAGAUUUUGCACCUCUACCUCAAGGAUACAACUACUUGGUAGAUUUCUGGGACCUGUCAUUUCCUACAGAAAGGCCAUCCCGUGAGCAUCCUUAUGAAGAAAUUAGGUGCCGGGCUACAGUGUUAAGACAUGUAGUGAAGAAUGGGCUUUUGUGGGAUGAUUUGUACAUUGGAUUUCAAACACGAGUUCAACGAAAUCCAGACAUCUACCAUCAUCAAUUUUGGAACCAUUUUCAAAUUAAGCUUCCCCUAUCGCCACCUGACUGGAAUUCAUUUGUAGAGCGUGAAAACAAAAAUAGAACGUCCGCACAAAACUGCAAUGUGAUGUAAGACAUUUUGAUAUUUCUGACAAUCUAAACGUAAAAUGGUGACUGGAUAGGAUAAAAGGUGACCUAAUCAAUGGACUUCAAAUUAUAAGUAACUAGAUAAUGAAGAUCUAUAUCAUGCAUGUGUCAUAGUCCUUGAAGACAGUAGAAUUUAUCUAUAGGCAAACAAAAGUGUCAAUAUUUGUUUAGUGCAACA